AUAGUGCUCACACAUCCACAGAGUGGUCUGUGUUUUACAGGUCCUUCACUCUAAUGCAGCAUCCAGUUCAGGAGGGAGAUACAAAGGACCUGCGUUAGGAUGACUGAAAAGUACAGAUCUGAUAGAGGAAACAGAACUUCAAAUGAGGGCAACUCUGCAGAGCUUCCAGCACUUGAUUCCUGAGGUGCAAAACCAAUGUACUGGCAAAGCCUGGCUCCUACCACCACGCUGGACAGGACCAGCCUGAGGAGCUCAAAGCUGCUUGAACAGUAAGUGAGUGCAUAAAGAUCCAGCCCACGGAUAUCCAGCCUGACAUAUUCAGCUACCUGCUGCACAUCAUGUACACGGGCAAGGGGCCCAAACAGGCGGUGAGCCGGAGCCGCCUGGAGGAGGGCAUCCGCUUCCUGCACGCCGACCACCUUUCCCACAUCGCCGUCGAGAUGAACCAGGCUUUUUCCCCRGAGACGGUGCCCUCCUCCAACCUCUAUGGGAUCCAGAUCUCAACUGCACACAAAGCCAAACGUCUGGAAGCGAAGGAGAGCGUGGCGAGCGCAGGGAGCCGGCCCGCGGCGCCGGGGGAGCACCCGCAGCUGCAGCUCUCCCUCGCCAUCGGCCUGGAGGACGGCCCGCUGGAGCAGCAGGUCGCCCGUCCGUCGACGCAGCCUGUGCCUGCUGCCAAGCCUGCCCAGGAGCUUCCCAAGCUCUCCGUCUCCAUCAAGCAGGAGAAGAGCGACUCGGAGUCCGUCGUGUCGCAGAGCUGCAGCCCUCCCUCUCCGGGCACAGUGCAUCCCACCUUGGGCAAAGCCGGCCACAAGGUGCACUUGUGCCACUACUGYGGGGAACGCUUCGUCUCGCGGGGCGCCUUGCGGGAGCACCUACAUGGCCAUGUGUCGGGCUCACUGCCCUUCGGGGUGCCCGCCUCCAUCCUGGAGAGCAGCGACCUGGGGCAGGUGCAGCCGCUCGCCGCGGGCAGCGAGGCCGAAGGCGCCCACCUYGGCGCCUUCCUCCUCCGGGAGGACGAGCAGCAGGAGCGCCCGGCGCGCGGCGACCUGGAGCCCUUGCAGAUAGGGCAGCUCUCACUCAUCUCCAAGGACCACGAGCCCGUAGAGCUCAACUGCAAUUUUUCCUUCUCCAGGAAGAGAAAAGUCAGUUGCAGCCUGUGCGGCCGCACGUUCUUCCGCAAGAGCCAGUUGCUGGAGCACAUGUACACGCACAAGGGGCAGCAGCACAAGCACAGCCGCUGCCAGCGCCUGGAGAGCCCCGCCACCCCCAGGUUCCGCCCCUACUGCGACAGCGAGAGCAUGGCAAAGGGCUCGGGAUUGUCCCAGGAGCACUUGGAUUCCUGUAUUCUGGAGUCCGACCUGAUCCAGGAAAGUGUUGACACGAUCCUCGUGGAGUAGUUCUGUUGCGUGGCCUCUAGGUGCUGAAAGCGUCGGCGUUUUCUGUUUAGUGACUUUGCUCUAGAGCUGGUUGUUUGUAACCACCGUACCUGUCUCUGGGGUGACAGAGGUAACUGUGAAGAUCUGUACACUUUGUGUAUUUACAUUUUUACUACUUCAACUUUUAAACAUAAACUAAUUAAAACCAGUGUCCGUGGAAGCCUCCAUGUAAUUUAGCUGCAUUUUCGUAAAUGUAAACUUACCUCUGCUGUGCUUUACUGCCCUUGAGACUGUAGAAGUUGUUGAGUGUGAGGUUUAAGCAUCAUCUGAGCCGCAUCUAAGACUGUGUGCUGUAGAAUUGCUCUCCUGAAACUAGAAUAAGGAAAAUGUGUAGGGAAAUCUGUGUUGUUCUUUCCACAUAAUUUUGUU